UUCUGGGAUUUCCCACUCUCUGAUCCCCAUUUUCCCAUGGAAUUUUGGGAAUUUUGGGAAUUCCCAUUCCCGUUUUUCCCCCCAGGAUGGUGCAGCAGUUCGGGGUGGAUUUCGAGAAGCGGAUCGAGGGAUCCGGGGAUCAGGUGGACACCCUGGAGCUCUCCGGGGGCGCUCGGAUCAAUCGGAUUUUCCACGAGAGAUUUCCCUUCGAGCUCGUCAAGGUCAGCCCGGGAAUCCCAGGAAUGCCGGGAAUCCCAGGAAUGCCGGGGAUCUCGGGAAUCACAGGAAUCUCAGGAAUGCCGGGAAUCUCGGGAAUCCCAGGAAUGCCGGGAAUCCCAGGAAUGCUGGGAAUGCCGGGAAUCCCAGGAAUCUCGGGAAUCUCGGGAAUCCCAGGAAUCUUGGGAAUGCCGGGAAUCUUGGGAAUGCCAGGAAUCUUGGGAAUCCCAGGAAUGCUGUGAAUCCCAGAAAUCCCAGGAAUCUCGGGAAUGCCAGGAAUGCCGGGAAUCCCAGGAAUCCCAGGAAUCUCGGGAAUCUCGGGAAUUUUGGGAAUGCCGGGAAUCCCAGGAAUGCUGGGAAUCCCAGGCAUCUCAGGAAUCCCGGGAAUUCCGGGAAUCCCAGGAAUGCCGGGAAUCUUGGGAAUGCCAGGAAUGCUGGGAAUCCCAGGAAUGCCAGGAAUCUUGGGAAUCCCAGGAAUCCCAGGAAUCUCGGGAAUGCCGGGGAUCCCAGGAAUCCCAGGAAUCUCGGGAAUCCCGGGAAUUUUGGGAAUCCCAGGAAUCUCGGGAAUCUCGGGAAUCCCGGGAAUCUCGGGAAUCCCAGGAAUCUCGGGAAUCCCAGGAAUGCCGGGAAUGCUGGGAAUGCCAGGAAUCCUGGGAUUCUCGGGAAUGCCGGGAAUCUCAGGAAUGCCGGGAAUCCCGGGAAUCCCAGGAAUGCCGGGAAUCCCAGGAAUGCCAGGAAUCCCAGGAAUCUCAGGAAUCCCAGGAAUCUCAGGAAUCCCAGGAAUCUCAGGAAUCCCAGGAAUCUCGGGAAUGCCGGGAAUCUCAGGAAUCCCGGGAAUCCCAGGAAUCUUGGGAAUCCCGGGAAUCUCGGGAAUCCUCCCGAGCCACGGAAUAUUCCAGGAAUUUCAGGAGAAUCCUGGGAUUUUCAUUCCCAGAAUCCUGGGAUUUUCAUUCCAGGAAUUUUGGGAGAAUCCCGGUGAUCCAUUCCCGGUGAUCCAUUCCCGGUGUUUCCUGGUGAUCCAUUCCUGGUGAUCCAUUCCUGGUGAUCCGUUCCCGGUGAUCCGUUCCCGGUGAUCCGUUCCCGGUGAUCCAUUCCCGAUGUUUCCCGGUGAUCCACUCCCCGUGAUC